AUUUUACUAAUCAGUUUCCCUCAAGAGUUCACACUGCCAUGAUUGAUUUUAGCGUCUUUCAGAGCGAGGAACGUUGUUCUUAAUUUUAUUUUAUUGUGAUAAACACUGAAUUUAAAGUAAGCAUGUUGUGUCUACCGUACACUUGAAUAGACAUUUAUCAGGAUUUCAUCUUUCCUGUGAAAGAAGUUUGGUAACACAAUGGUGGUGGAUACCGGGAUGAGGCACCUGAAUCUCAAACAGCCGACUGCCAUGACACCCAAGGAGCUAUCGGAUAAUGAUGAUUUGGCUACGGCUCUUAUCCUGGAUCCAUUCUUGGGGUUCAUAACGCACAAAAUGAACAUAAGGUAUCGACCAUUGAAGGCCAACAAGGAGGAACUUAGGAGUAUUCUUGAGCAGUUUGUGAAGAGCCAGAACUAUGAAAAAACAUAUAAGAGACUUUUGGCUGGCGAGUGGUUGCCUCGCUCCAUGACUAGUUUGCGGAACAAACUGCAGCACCAGCGGCUAGAGGAGCAUAUUUAUAGGUAUCUUCGAAUUUUUGAUAAAGACUCUGGAUUUACCAUAGAACCAUGCUACAGAUAUUCAUUAGAAGGACAAAAAGGUGCAAAAAUAUCUGCAACAAAGAAGUGGUAUAAGAACGAAAAGAUAAGCUGCCUGGUAGGCUGUAUCGCAGAGCUAAGUCAGGAAGAGGAAAACCAGUUGCUGCACACUGGCAAGAAUGACUUCUCCGUGAUGUUCAGUUGCCGCAAAAACUGUGCACAGCUAUGGCUGGGACCUGCAGCCUUCAUCAACCAUGACUGUCGACCUAACUGCAAGUUCGUGGCCACGGGACGAGAUACAGCCUGCGUCAAAGUUCUGCGGGACAUAGAGGCUGGAGAGGAGAUCACCUGUUUCUAUGGGGAGGACUUCUUUGGGGAUAACAACAGCUAUUGCGAGUGUGAGACCUGUGAAAGGCGAGGAAUGGGAGCAUAUGCUAAAGAGAAUAUGGAAGAGGAUUCAGGGAAGACAGGAUACAAGCUGAGAGAAACAGACAAUAGACUUAACCGGUUAAAGAGCCGACAGAAGACACCCAUUAAAACAGAAACCUGUUCAGUACCAUCGGAGUGUGGCAGCGACAGCAAUAGUGGAUGUUCGUCUGCAGUGGGCAGCAACGCAGUGACUCCCCUCAGCAUGCGAGAGCUCAGACAGAAAGGAUUGACUAAGUACGAUGCGGAGUUACUAUUAGCGCAGGGCACACGCUUUUCGGACAUCACAGCAGACAGUUUCCGCACUCGCAGUGAGCACCUGGUAGACAGAGAGAGCCGGUUACACGCAAGGAACCUCAGGAAGUCAAUAUCCAGAAAGAAGGAUGUGGAUGACGGGGGUGGUCCGACAUCGACGGUUCCUUCAGCUGCUGCGGACGUCAGUGAUAGUGCCAGUAACGGUAUGUCUCUUCGGAACCAUAAACGGUUGAGUGAGCCGGUGUUAGACACUUCAUCAGUGAUGAAAGAGAAGGUGAACAACAACAAUAACGACUUGAGUGAACUGUGCUCCAAGUUGGAAAAAACCAAUGUGGUCGAGCCACUUGAAAAUAAAGUGAAACGGACAGAAGUCUCUAAAAAGGAAAACGAUAAAGGUGUAGCUUUUGUUAAUAGAGUAAGUAAACGUAGAAAAAGUGUAUUAAAAAAAGUUAACACUGUUUUAGAAAAUGUGUAUUCACCUGUGAGUAGACCGAAAAGGACUUUAAGUAGUAGGCGCUCUAGGUAUAACAGCUUUAGUGAUAGCACGGAUGUGAUCAGUGAUCAGCCAGAAGUUAAGAGUGAACCGAGUGAGUGUGUGGUGGAUUCUGUGUCUAAAUCGCCAGAAGUAGAACCUUUGAAACCCGAGUGUGUUCCUGAAAGCGAAGUUGAUGUCAAGAAAGAAGUGGAUGUACCCAAUGAAAAGGAUGUUUAUGAAUUUGAUGAUCAAGAGUGUGAAGUAAAUGAACCGGUGUCUUUAAGGAGAUUAAAAGUCGAAGAGAAGAAAGAAUGUGACAACUCACCUCCACCGAAAACGGAGCCACCAAGUGAACCGACAACACCAGAGAAGCAAGCAGGAGGAAGAUUAAAACUGACACUGAGAAUGAAACGGAGUCCGAUAGUAGAGGAUUCGUCCGAGUCGGGAAUGAAUUGGGCCAGCGAAGAACCGGAGUACGAAGUUCUGAGGGUGGAAGGUGUCGGUGAUCUGGAAGAGGAGGAUUUGCAUCGGAAGAAGAAACACAAGAACAAAGAUCGUGAGCGGCGGCGGCGAAAAUUUAGAGAGUAUUUGAAGUUCGAUGAUCCAGACGCUGGAGUUAGGUAGCUGAGAUGUGUACUGUGUGAGAAUGGAAGAAGUUAAUAUUAUGAGAAAGUGCUUUUUUAUAUUUUCACUACUCACUUUGUAUCCGUUGUAUUUCAAUGUAUUUUUUAUAAAGCUAAGUGAUUUUAACUGAGUAGGAGUUUUUUGUAUAAUUGUAGUGUUCUUAUUGUUUUGGGGUUUUUUUAUACAAUAAUGAGACCUUUGUAAUUGCCGUUUUUAUUACAUACGUUAGUUGUACUGCCACAGUUUAAUUUAUUUUUAAGCUAAGUUUAUGUUAAGAAAUAUCUGCAUACAGUAAGAAGGACUGAAAGAUUUAAGGCAUUAACUCGUAUUUCAUUUCCAUGAGUAUCCACUACAUUAAAAACAUUUUACUAUGUUUUUUCAAUUAAAAAACUUGUUUUUAUUCACUGCCAGGAAAUAUUCAACACAUUAGUGUUAUUUAAAAAGGAGUGGCUCUCUGCUCUUUAAGAUUUAUCUCGAGUGCUGCAGAACCUACUCCAGGCAUUGCAGUACUAUGAAAAAAUUGUUAGGAGUCUUUGAGUAUUAUAUUUAUUGGUGAUGAGUUAUUGUAUAUUUUUUAAAGGGAAUUUUUUUAUAUUUUUUUUAUGCUUCAGUAUUUGAUAUGGGCACUUGUUGAUUUUGGACAGAGAGUAUUGAAAUUCAAAGUUCAGAUAUAUUUAUUUUUUAGUUUUUAAAUAAUAUAAUUAUUGUAUAGAAACAUUUUUUUAAACUCUUCUUUGUGUUUAUAUAUAAUAUUCAAGAUACACAAGAGUCAAUCAAAAUAUUAAUAAAUAUGUAUAGAGCAUUUUUAUAGUGGAUUAUUGAAAUGAGAUCGUAAUUAAUAGUUUACAGAGAAUUAACAUUUCCAUUAAGCUACAAUGUUUAUCAGUGUUAUCACAUACGUUUUUACAUGAUUUCAAAUGUUCCUCAUCACACAAAUACUUUUUAAAAGUAAAAAUAUUUGUAAUUGUUUGGUGUCAAAUCUAAAAAUCUUUGUUCUUUACCCUUUUCACCCCACAGUCUGAUAUAUCGGACCUCUGCAUAACAUGCCACAAUACAAUGUAUCCAUGGUUUAUUCCCAUUUCUGACAAUCCAAAUUAAUUAAAAUUGCAACAAAACUGCUGAGGAGAUAUAAAAAAUGAAGUAAUUUUGUUGCAUUAGUUGGUAAGACUUUUGGUACGUUCUGUAGGGUACUUCUUUACUUAAUUCAGUCGAUUUACUUGUUUUUAAAGAAGCUAAUUUCUUUCAGUUCUUCCGACUCAUGUACUUUAAGCAUUUACCAGUGUUUUGUUGUAAUACUUAGUCUUACAUAGUCUUAAUAGAGUGUCUCCAUCAGUUAUUGACAAUUUUUAAAAUUGUGUCCGUGAGUGUUUGUUGGAGAAGGAUUGACUCACUUAAUCUUGAAUAUAGCUUUGCUAAUAAAAACUUAAAAGGGUGCACUAAUUAACUGUUGCACGUUAUAUUUAUAUAAAUAUAUUAAUCGUCAUUGUGAAUCUUAAUUAAAUUCGUAACCGUCUAGAUAACUUGGCAUGUUGAAGAAUAGUCAAAUUAAGGAAAAGUUUUGAAUGGACAAUAUUGUAGGUACAAUAAUUAAAUCCUAUGUAAAUUCAACUUUUCCUCUUGUUUCGAAUUUACAGGAAAGUUGUUUAGUUUAUUUUGCUGCAAUAUUGUAGAAAACCGUACGAAGUAUUGAUGUGUUUUCAUUCCAUAAACUAGCCAAUAAAUGCUGCUCUAAAUAUAUUGUAACACCAAUAAUAUUCUGAGUCUAGAGCUGUUCCAACAAAACUUGUUAAACAUUAUGUGAUUUAACUCAAAAGAAACGUAGUUUUGUUAGUUAAAGUUUCAUGUUGUAAAUUACUGAGCAUUUUCCAUCACAAUGUUGUCAGUCUCUCCCGGUUUACGGUAUUAUACCUUUAUUUGUGUACUUUUGUAAAUCCCACGUUGUUAACUGCCUGGUUGUUGUGUUGAGUAUCCAACUACUGGUUCUGUACCCCGACUGAGGUGUUGUUAAACUUGUAGUCUUAGGCUGUAAAUACGGAACGGAACGAUGUCUAGGCUUGGGCCUAAUUUUAGUUUGAAUGCUGCGCAUUCUCUCGUAUCAUAUUAUGGAGUUGUUGGUUUCUCCACGUUUCUGUGUAAACUGAGGUGUUAAUAUUAGUUGUAAGAUAAUGUAUAUAAGCAUUGUAUUUAUUUCGAUUAGGUGACAUUUUGUUUUCCUUCACGACUGAAAAUAUAAUAUAUAUUGUGAAUAAAUAACAAUUUCUUUUAA